CUGCACAAAAAGUUCUGGUCCUUCCAGCUGCGCGGGAUUCCCAGGUUGAACUCUUCCCGGAAACUUUGCUUCACAGCUCCUCUUGCGAAAUCAAGCGGGCCCUCCCUCCACUCUUUGGUUUAAAGGCGGGAGCCUGGAGUCAGCUCAGAGCACAGGCUGGCUACCUCGCUCCUGCAAGCCUAGAAGGCAGAGCCUACCGGCAGCUGCACCAGACCAACGCCCCUCCGGGCGCCUCUCCACAGUGAUGGAGAAAGCACGUGCAGAUGAGUUUCCUCUGACUACUGAUUCCUCCGAAAAGCAAGGGGUUGUCUGCAUUUUCGGAACAGGGGAUUUCGGGAAGUCACUGGGAUUGAAAAUGCUUCAGUGUGGCUAUUCUAUCGUUUUUGGAAGUCGAAACCCCCAGGUAUCCAGCCUUCUGCCCAGGGGGGCAGAGGUCCUGAGCUAUACGGAAGCAGCAUCCAAGUCUGACGUCAUAAUCCUGGCCAUGCACAGAGAGCACUACGAUUUCCUCACAGAGCUAGUUGAUUCUCUCAAAGGAAAAGUAUUGGUAGACGUCAGUAACAACCGCAAAAUCAAUCAGUAUCCAGAAUCAAAUGCGGAAUACCUUGCUCAGCUGGUGCCAGGAGCCCACGUGGUCAAAGCAUUUAACACCAUCUCAGCCUGGGCUCUCCAGUCAGGAACACUAGAUGCAAGUCGGCAGGUGUUUGUCUGUGGAAAUGACAGCAAGGCCAAACACAGAGUGAUGGACAUUGCUCGUACUCUUGGGCUCACCCCACUGGACCAAGGAUCUCUCAUGGCAGCCAGUGAAAUCGAAAACUACCCUCUGCAACUAUUUCCAAUGUGGAGGUUCCCUUUCUACCUGUCCUCUGUGCUGUGCGCCUUCUUCUUCAUGUACUGUGCAAUACGAGAAGUGAUAUACCCCUACGUGAAUGAGAAGACGGAUGCUACGUUCCGCCUGGCCAUUUCCAUCCCGAAUCGUGUCUUUCCUAUAACAGCACUUACCCUGCUUGCCUUGGUGUACCUCCCUGGUAUUCUCGCCGCCAUUCUGCAGCUCUAUCGAGGCACAAAGUACAGCCGAUUCCCAAACUGGCUUGACCAUUGGAUGCUUUGCAGAAAGCAACUGGGCUUGGUAGCCCUGGGAUUUGCCUUCCUUCACGUUGUCUACACACUUGUCAUUCCUAUCCGUUACUAUGUUCGAUGGAGGCUGAGAAAUACAACCAUUACUCAGGCCCUAACUAAUAAAGACAGCCCAUUUAUUACUUCUUAUGCCUGGAUUAAUGAUUCCUACUUGGCGCUGGGAAUCCUGGGAUUUUUUCUGUUCCUUCUCUUGGGAAUCACUUCCUUGCCAUCAGUAAGCAACAUGGUCAACUGGAGAGAGUUCCGGUUUAUCCAGUCCAAACUGGGUUAUCUGACCCUGGUCUUGUGCACAGCCCACACUUUGGUGUAUGGUGGAAAGAGAUUCCUCAGCCCUUCGAUUCUAAGGUGGGGCCUUCCUUCGGCCUAUAUUUUGGCACUCAUCAUCCCCUGCGCAGUGCUGGUGAUGAAGUUCAUCCUCAUCAUGCCAUGCAUAGACAGGACCCUCAUGCGCAUCCGCCAGGGCUGGGAAAGAAACUCGAAAUAUGCACAAUCAGCACUGAACGGAAAAUCGGAUAUUUAAGCUACAGUUGAAUUUGCCGGGAUUUGUGUAUUAUUGUAGGAAAUGUUUAGAGCAUAAUGUGUCCAGUUAUAAGACAGAGUUUUCUCUUGUCAUGGUCCUAACUUUAUCAUCACAGUAGGAAGUGUUGCCUCACUUUGAAAGACCAGAAUAGCAAGGGAGCCCUCACUGCCUCAGUCACAUGAUGACUCAUUGUGGGCCUCCCUCACUUCCUUUCCCAGAAACCCCCGGGAUGCCACUGUGAUUAGAUUUACAGUUUCGCAUAGCGAAGUUAUGGGCAACUUGAAUGAUGCAAUGUUUUGCCGAGUUCUGGAAGAGUGUGUGCAACUUCCUUCCCUAACUCAAGGGCUGAUGUAAGUGAAAAAGCAACACUCGUCAUACAAAAGGUUUUGCUUGGCAUGCCUAGAGAAAAGGCCCAAGUGAAGUAGACAGAAAGAGGGUUUGUUUGUUUCCUGGAAGGAGUGGUGAUCAUAACUAUUGUCAUACUAAUGUGGGGUUAUUUGGGGUUUGGCUGGAGCACGGAGCUCAAACCUAAGGCCUUAUGCGUGUUAGGUAAAGGCUAUGUUACUGAGCCACACACAACCCCGCCCUGCCUUAGUGAGUAUGUAGUCAUAUGUACCCCUUGAUUUUUUUGCUUUUACCAAUAUGGAUACUUACUAUGGGGAAAUAUUUUAUACUGCAACAAAAUUGGGUUGAAGUAGCUGUUCCAUGGAUAUAUGGAAAGCUACGUAAUUGUCCCAAGAGUCUUCCUCCACAAGGGACAGCUUGAGGGGACAUGGGGUAAGAGUUGAGCAGCGAUCCUAAGUUGAGGGAAGAUGGGGAAAGAGUGGACGAUCCCUUGUGUUUUUCAAGUGCCGCAGGCAGACACAGGCUGAUAAUAGCCUUGUACAAAAAUGUCAGAUAAGACAGAAUUUUAGCUAGUAAGCUAUGCAAAUACUAACUCAGUUUCACUAUGCUGUUUGGGAUCAUUUAAGGGUUGUGGAGUGCUUUCUACAUUAUACAUUUCUGAUACUGUUCAGUAUUAAGCAUCUGUGAAAUUAACUUUUAGCACAAACAUGUAGCUUCCAUAAUCUGUCUUUGUUAUCAUUGUAAGUGGUGCAGUUAAAAGGAAUCAUCUAAACUCAUCGGAGCGAAGAAAGGUUAGCUGAGAGAAUUGUGGAAUGCUAGGAAGAGACGAUCAGCAGUGGGUCGUGGGUCGGAUGCAGCCGGCUCUGGCUUCCAGUGUGGACAGUGCCUUUCCCAAGGUGACCUUCAGCAGGCUGAGCAUCCCUAGCUCUAGCCUGGAGCUAAAAGAAGAUCUUUACACAGUCUUCUCACAUGUCACUGAAAUAAGUAAAAGGCAUUGGGUUUCACAUUUUUCUGCCUAAUCUACAAAGGCUGUUUAUUUUUCAUUGUGCUAUCGUAUAUUGUACAUGAUAUCAUACAUUGCUCACAAUCCAGGGUUUUUUACAUAAAGCUCUUAUAUAAUGCAGAAAUUUCUUUUACUACUGCUCUAAUAAAACAUGUAGAGUAUAUUCAGUUUUUACUAAGAGGACAAUUGAGGUAAUGUUUUUGUACUAACAAAAUAUUUCUGUAUUUUCAAUUAUUUCCUUGGAAUAUUUUCCAAGAGUUAAUAGUAUAAAAUUAAAGAAUAUUUGAUA